GUCACGACCCACUUCGCCGAGAGUGCGCCGAGUGUCAGCGAGCGAAUCGGCCGUUGCGGUGUGGUGUUGUGUUGCGCGGGAGAAGUGGAGAAUUGGAGAAGUGGAGAGCGAGCGAGCGAGAUUGGCGAGAAAGAGAGAAGAAAGUAUACACGAGUAGCGCGCCAGCGCCAGUUUCAGCUCUCGGCUAAGUCCAUCUAGUCCAUACAUCCGGACUAUAGUCGGCACCAGUCGGCACUCGGCAGUCGGCUCGGUUCUCACUUGUGUCUGUGUGUGGUCCGUGUGUCGUCGUAAACCGAACGUCGAAACUCGUCACGCCAGUCGUGCUUGGUCGAGUUCGUGUGUGGCGCGUUUUCUCCGUGGACAGUGCGAGGAUUCCUUGGUUGCGAGAACAUCGGUGAAAGCGAAGCGAAGGGGAAAAGAGGAGGAGGAGAAGGAGGCGGCGGCGGUGGUGGUCAGGUCGCGCCCGGUGGUCAGAUCUCAGAUUCGUCAGGGGUUUGUCUGCUUCAAGCGAGCGCGCUCCUGCGAGCGGGCGACGGCGACCGAGACGACCGUGAGCUCGUCGUCGUCCAACGCUCAGCGGCGGCGGCAGCGAUCUCGGCUGUUCGAAGGAGAGAAGGUACGUUACCGCACGCAUACAACACACAACACGUCCUGCCUGCCCUCUUCUGCGCGCGCGAGCGCGCGCUAAUGACCCCGUUCUAAUCGUCGCCUGGUAUCGUGGCCGACUUCGUCGUCGCAGGGGCGACAAUACCGAUACCGAUUCGCGCCGCUCGCACCGCACCACCACCGAUCACGGCAUAUGGCAGUGCGGGAAACGUGGAACUUGUCUCUCCUCGCCUACGGGGUCAUAUUUGUUUACAUCCGUCAAUCCCCGAGCGUUCAUUCAAGUGGCGGUUCUGUUAUUUUUCUCAUGAUGCACCAACGCCCGCAGGUACUCGAACGUAGGCUGCGGUUUGCCGGAUAAACAGGCUCUUGAGCGUUGGGUGCACGCUCGUGUCCCGCUUCCCGCUGCGUCACACAGCCGACCCUUUUGGGCAUUGAACGCUGAAGUGAAAAUGCGACGAGUAUCGGCGAAGGUUAUCGAGUAACCUAACUGAUAUUUAAAUAUCUGUCUUCUACCUGUGUUCUUUCUUUUAUGAGAGAGAAUCACCAUGGAUCAAGACGAAGUCGUAAAGAAUUUAAGGUCAUGCCUGAUAUCGUGCAAGGGCGGUAUCAGGUUAGAUAAUUUAAGAGCGGAUUACCGUACGAUAGCAGGGGAGCCAUUAUCAUUUAAUCAUUUUGGAUACUCCUCUCUUGAAGCUUUCGUACGUAGUAUACCAGACAUCACAGUGAACAGAAAAGGUGGAGAACUGUAUGUGGAAGCUUUACCUUCCAAGACUUCGGCGCACCUUACAAAAUUAGUUUCGCGGCAAAAGACACGACGAAAAGUACGACCGCAGCCGAAAAAAUGGAGCCCACCUCGACAUGCGAGAAAUUUUCAUCCGCCUGCUUUUAAAAGUAAUAAUUUCAGCGGUCGUUUUCAGCCUACCAGGAGUAAUUACGUUAAUUCUCCACAUUCCUUUACUAGAUCAACACCCGAAAAGAGUAACCUGUACACAGAUUUUAGCAGACCUAUUCCUCUUAUGGAGUCUGUAGUACAGUACCCGUUACCGCUACCGCAAAAUAACUUUAAACCAAGCUUCGUGCCGCUUACGCCACCAAGUUCUCCCACUAAAAGACUGAAAGAUAAAGUGACAAAUCCCUGUAUAGCGACUGUGAACCAAAGUGUUAAUAAUUGUAAGACUAUUGAAGAUUUAAGAUUCAAAGUAUUAAAUGACAAUACAGCAGCUUCGUCUGUGAUAAAUCAAAAGCCAAAGACUGUGGAACUGAGACCUCCAAAACUAAGCGAAAGGCUCAAAAUUAUUUCUGAAACGCCGAUUGAUAACUACACCAAUGGUCGUACAUCUACGCCUACCCCAUCCAUUUUUAAUGUCCCGCAGGUAGCACCGCCAUUAGAGGCUCCCGAUUCUCGGAAAGAGCUGGAGAUUUAUGCUCGUGUGCUAAACUUACCAUCACCGGUUUAUAAAAUGUAUUCAAAGAAGGAAAAGAAUUCUUCCAAGAUCACCAUCUAUGCCAGCGUGAAAGUUGGUACGCAUACGUUCCACACAUUUCCGGAUGACGCAGCGUCCGAGGAGGAAGCAGAGAAGAUCGCUGCACGAUUAGCUCUGCUAAAUCUGGCUAAGGAAUCGUCUAGCCCCGAGGUGACGACCGUCGAUACGGAUUUGAUGAAAGAACGCAUUUUGAACAUCAUAUCUCGACAUCCGAGUGGGGUCUUUAUGCAUCUACUACCUGAAUAUUACAACGAACAAUAUGGGGAGGCCUUGCCCUUUAAUUGGGAAAUUAUCAUUGAGAAAUGCUCAGAUAUAAAUCAAGAGAAAGGCGUCGGAGAUUCCAUGAUACUGUGUCGAGCCUUCCCGAGUUUGAAACGGUCGGAAAGCAAUUCCACUCCAUCCAAAAAUAUUUCCGAGAAUAUCUACCCGCCUAACGAGAAGAUAUUAUUGAGCCCGAUUGGACCUGCCGCACCGGAUGUAUUACCAGUACCUGAAACGACCAUUUGGCAAGUGUGUACUACUCACGUUGUGAACACCGUCGAAAUUUGGGUUCGACUCGGCGAUCAAAAUAACGAGUUUGUCGAUAUGAUAAACGAAAUGACAAGGCACUACAAUCAAGUAAAUGAACCCAUCUCGCCAGUGGCAUGCGUAGUCGACGAUUUCUAUGCCGUUUUCGAGGAUAACUAUUGGCACAGAGUUGAAUGCACAGAUUUUAAUGACGAGACCGGAAUCGCCACGGUUUUCUUUAUUGACGAGGGUUAUGAGGAACAUUACAAAUCUGAAGUUUUGCAUCCUUUGGACAAGAAAUUUUGCGUUCUUCCACGUCAAGCUAUCAGAGUAGGUCUUCAAGGAUUGAAGGACUUCUGCGACUGCACCCAGAUAGUGCCGGAAAUUGAAAAUCUUCUUAUAGUCGAUCGAUUGUUUUAUGUGAAAGUACAUGGUAUGGACACCGAUGAAUACGGCUCAUACGUACACAUGGUGACUUUUUACGACACCAGCAAAGACGACGAAGAUGUCGACAUAAAUCAACUCUUAUUCGAAAAAAUCUUGGAGAGCAUGGCUGGUGCAUUCAAGAUGCAUGCGGGGCAGGUGACCGAAUUGUCCGUUACGCACAUAGAUGAGUGCGGUAAAAUUUAUGCGCAGCUAAACUCGCUCGCUAAAACUGUACUAAACGGUGAAAACAUGUCGCAAAUGUUUACGAACAAAACGAUGACGGUGAAUGCGAUUAAUUUCACGAAAAUGUACCUUGUAAAGUGGAAUUCGCAGUGGUACAGGGCAAGAGUGACCGAUAUUCCUGGCGACCAGGAAGUAAUGGUAUUUCUAAUCGAUAUUGGUCGAACCAUUUUGAUACCGAGGGAAAAUCUGUUUCACAUGGACAGAGUCUCGAAGGCUCUGCAGCACAUCCCUCCGCAGGCGAUACAGAUCUUUCUGCACAACGUUGACCAAUCGAAGUACAGCAAGAAGCUUGUAACACGAUUUCGUGAAUUAGUUUCGGACAUGGAUUUACUCUUAGCAAAAGUCAUCAGGAUCACCCCAUCUGGAAUUCCAGUGGUCGAAAUUUUCAAAAGAGUCGCUCCGAGCAAUAUGUUGGCCUCGAUAAAUUCAUCGUUGAUUUAUGACGGCGAACUGUCGAAAGUCAACGAAGACGCCAACAACAAUACCAAGUCCAAGAAACGUUUGGAUCGCAAGGCUUCUCGCGCUCCUGAGGCCGUCGGCAAAUUGAAUCCACCAGUGAUUUCCGACAUCGGCCAGUAUUUUGACGUCCACGUCGCAUUGGUCGCGCAUCCCGGACAUUUUAUCGUGCAACCGUUAAACGAUGCAAAUGAAUUAAAAGCAAUGAUGGUCGAUUUGCAAAACUGUUAUGAAGCGAACGAUAAUCUGCCUUUGGAAUCUGUCGGCGAAAACAAACUCUACGCGGGAAAAUUUCGAAAUGAUUGGUACAGAGUAUACGUUACUAAUAUUAUCAGCGAUAAUGAAGUAUCCGUAUAUUUCUGCGACUACGGUGACGUGACGAUAAUAUCCCGCAGCAGUUUGCAGCCGUUGAAGAGCAAAUUCUUGAAAUUGCCGUAUCAGGCAGUAAAGGCUAAACUCGUCGGAAUAGAGCCAAUAAAUGUCGACUGGACAGUGAACGAUUGCGUUGAAUUUAAGAAACUAGUGCUUGAGAAGAAUUUUGUCUCUGUAAUCGUCGAAUCCGUGUUCGAUCAUCUGUCGCCUGUCAAUGGUACCAUGCUGGGUUUACGAUUGAUUGACGUUAGUACCGAUAAAGACAUAUACAUUGAUAGACUAUUGGUAGAAGAGAAUCGUGCCAAAUACAUCGAAGGAUUUGAGGGUCUCCCUCCUUAGCUCGUUACAUUAGUCGGUUGACAGAAAUAUUUUUAUUUUCUUUACGAUUAUGUUAUUGUUAUCCUUCUACGAUGCCGUGAUAAUAGAUCGCUUAUACAUGCACUACGAACCUGUUGUGAGAGGAUUAACGCAUGAAAGUGUUUCUAAGGUUUUAUUUUUUUUUUCCGUAACGGCACGGUGAUGCAUUGGCGCGCACGUGAGCGUUAUAAAGGAAUAAGAAAGAAUAUUUAAGGUUUACGUUAAUUGAAUUCAUCUCCAGUUAGUUUUGUUACUUGAAAAUUUUCUUUUUUUUUUAAGUAUCAGAGAUACGAGCAAAAUGAUACGCACAUAGCGGGACUUAACUUAUCAAAGAAGCUUUUGUUCUUACUCGUUUAAAAAGGCGUAUUUGUGAUUACACGCGAUAGUCUUUAACAUUUACCGUUAUUAUUGUUAAUUACGUUUUUGUUAUCACAUAUAAAAAUGUAAUUAUCGUUAAAAGUUGUAACUAAGUGCAGUUUAUUUACAAAGAAGUUUUAUUAUAAUUUUGUUGUAUUUUUUUGAAGACAUUAAUUUUAUGUCAAGUAUUCUUUAACGACAUUAUGUUGUGUCUCUUUUAAUUUUUUGUCGUUGAUUAACUUCUCGCAGGGUUAUUUCAUGAUAUUAAACGAAACAGUAUGAUUGUCUAACGACAAAAGAUUGGCUGUGUAAUAUAUUAAUUAAGUGACAGCAUUCCAUAUAUCUAUAAAUAAAAAUAUAUACAU